CAGAGUUUGUAGUAUUUGUUGAGUUGAUUAAUUGCCAUUUUGAAGUUUGACAAUGGAAUCAAUUGGCGUUCUAAUGACAUGCGAAAUGCACGGCGAGCUCGAAGAAAAACUAGCAAGCCGUUUCAAACUUUUCAAACUCUGGAACUAUCCUUCAUUCCAAGCUUUCUCAAAAACUCACGCCAAUUCAAUUCGUGCAUUGGUUGUAAACACCAAACUCGGAGCCGACGUUAACACAAUCGACUCCUUUCCCAAUCUUGAGAUUGUUUCAACUUACAGCGUUGGAUUGGACCACAUUGAUCUCAAAAAAUGCAAAGAGAAAGGAAUUCGAGUGAGUAAUACGCCGGACGUGUUAACCGACGACGUCGCCGAUCAAGCCAUUGCUCUUGCUUUGGCUGUGUUUAGGAAGAUUCCUCAAAGCGAUCGUUUUGUUAAAACUGCCAUGUGGACUUCUGAUUACCCACUAACUACUAAGUUUAGUGGUAAAGCAGUUGGAAUUGUUGGUUUGGGAAGGAUUGGUUCAGCAAUAGCAAAGAGAGCUGCAGCAUUUGGGUGCCCAAUUAGUUACCACUCAAGAUCAGAAAAACCAGAGGCAGGACCUUACAAGUAUUACCCUAACAUUCUUGAUUUGGCUGCUAACUCUCAAGUACUUAUUGUAGCUUGUUCCCUUAAUGAACAAACCUAUCACAUUGUGAAUCGUAAUGUUAUCGAUGCAUUGGGCCCAGAAGGGGUUAUUGUCAACAUUGGGCGUGGAAAGCACAUUGAUGAGCCUGAACUUGUGUCUGCAUUGGUUGAAGGACGAUUGGGUGGGGCGGGCCUUGAUGUGUUUGAGAAUGAGCCCAAUGUGCCUGAGGAGUUAUUGGGCCUUGAGAAUGUUGUGCUUACUCCUCAUGUGGGGAGUGACACCGUGGAAACUUGCAAUGACAUGGCUGACCUUGUGGUUGCAAACUUAGAGGCCCAUUUUCUUGGCAAGCCACUUUUGACUCCUGUUUUGUGAUUUCAUUUAUUUAGUUUUAUAUGUAUCGAAUAAUAAUUGUCAAUGUCAACUACACAAUUUAUGCUGUUCUA